CGAAGAGAGAGAAAGAGAGAGAGAGAGAGAGGGAUCGAAAGCGAGAGAGGAGAAGAGCGACGACGCCCCCAAUCUCCCCACAAAACCCUAAUCCUUUCCCCAUACGAUUCAACCGCCGUUCGGAGAUCUGCCGAUCGACCCUUCUCAGCUGCCCUCAGAAAUGUCACCAGCAUCAAAAUCUAAGUCUAAGCCAGCUGCAAGAGCAGCCAAGGAACAGUCAAAGGUGCCUUCAAAAGCAUCGCCUUCACCUUCCAAUGGAAAUGGCAUUCCAGCAAGUGCUUACAAUCCGAUUUCGGGUACAUUCCACUCUCUGGAAAUGGCCCCGCCUGCCUCUGUGCCAUCACCUCAAAACAAUGGCAGGUUCAGGACCAUAGAUGAGACAGAAGACCAUUCUGGAAGUUCAUUUGGUACCACAGCUGAAUUUGACUCCUUGUCCAACAAUGGCAGCUGCUCAGGUGAGUCAGAAGAUCAGAAGGAUAAGGCAGCGCUGACCCCUCCACCUCGUACAGAUUCUAUACCUGGUGCUGAUGCAGAUAAGCGGGAUAAGAUUCGCCAAAAGAAUGAAAAGAAACACCAGCGUCAAAGAGAAAGACGUGCACAAGAGCUGCAUGAGCGGUGCAAUAAUUUCCUUAUGUCCAGAAAGCUGGGGGCUCUGGCACAGCAAUUGGUAAGCAUGGGCUUUCCAUGUGAACGGGCAACCAUGGCACUCAUUCUCAAUGAAGGCCGUCUCGAGCAGUCUGUGGCUUGGCUUUUUGAAGGAUGUGAAGAAGGCAAGUCACAAGUUACAGCAAAUGUUACUGAGAACUUAAAGAUAGAUAUUGCUGAUGAGCUUGCGAGGAUGGCAGAAAUGGAGGUACGGUUCAAGUGCACAAAGCAGGAAGUGGAAAGGGCAGUUGUUGCAUGCGACGGGCACUUAGAAAAUGCUGUAGAAUAUCUGAAGUUGCAGUCGCAGAAGCAAGAAUCCACAGCAGGAGCACCAGUAAAGACGGAAGACCUGGGUGGAGUUGCUUCCGCCAAUGGGUCCGUAAACAAAGUCGCAGCAUCCACUCAAAACCCUUCUGCUCGAACCCCCGUAAAAGGUGCUGCUCCAGCUAGCAAUCAGCAGCAGAGAAGAGACGAGAGAGAUUUCAACUACACAAAAGCAGUUCCCCUGAGUUCCAUGCCUGAAGAGGUGGCGAAUAGGAAUUUGCAGUCCUUGCAAGCAUUAAGAAGGAUACAAGCAAAACCAGAUUGGGCGAGAUCUCAGGUUGCAGCUGCCCUAGAGAAGAGAUGGCCAAGCACAAGUGCGAGCCCAUCUGUCUCCUAUUCAUUAGCAUCUCCUUUGCAGGUUGCUGUACCACCGGUGAAAUCAGAAGCAAGGUUUGCAAUGUUGGGAAAUGAAGUGAAGACAACAGCGCAGACAGGAACACUAAGAGAACCUGUCAUAGUGAUGCAACGCCCACAAUCUAUGAAUGGCAAGCAGGGUCUACCGCUAGUUGGUCUUGGCAUGAAUGGUGGUUGUAUUCCUGUUUCCUCAGGAUGGCAUCCAAAUGACAGCUCUGGUUUAGAGAUGAUGGCAAAUGGUGGCGGCGGGGGACAACAUAACUUGUCCAAAUUAAGUGCAAAUGGUACCGGUGGUCAGCCGUAUUACCCGCAGAGUGGUUUCCAACCUCUUAUUUUAAAUCCUGUAGAGUCUGGUGGAACAGGGCGGGUUGGUGCGCGGAGUACAACAGGAACAUCAGCAUCAGCAUCAUCAACCUCGCUCGCAAUGCCAUCAUCCCUGGGAUUAUUCACUGGUUGGGGCUCUUCAGGAUCUUCAGGUUCAUCAUCACCGGUAGACUGGAGUACUGGUCGCUCAGUGUCACACAUCGACUACGCAUCUAUAGACUGGAGCCUGGACCCAAUACAACUGAAAACCGAGAGGGCAUCCACCAUCCGGUCUCCAUCUGUUGGUGUCAAGCCUUCACGGUCCAGUCUGAACUUUGUUGGUUUACAAGAUGCCAAUGGUUUCCUGGUUGAUCCCUCAGCCACUGUUGGUGUUGGGUCUCAUGAAUGGACCUCCCCAUUUGCAGGGAAGGACCUUUUUAGGGUACCCAGACAGUUUGUUACAUCCCCUUCCCUGCAGGAACUGGGGGCGACUUGGAAAGCUUGAUAUAAUGGACAUGAUUGAAUUUGGUGUUUC